GCGCAUGCGCGCGACGUCCCCUGCGGCUGCCGGCUGCUGUCAUGGCUGCCUGAGGAGCGGCGCGAACGGAACGAAGAGCGAGCCGGGCGGGAGGGCGGCGGCGACGGCCAGGCUGAAGGCUCUAGAAUGGCAGGGGAACAGAAACCCUCCUGUAAUCUCCUUGAGCAGUUUAUUUUAUUAGCCAAAGGCACUAGCGGAUCAGCUCUGACGGCCCUCAUCAACCAAGUGCUGGAGGCCCCCGGGGUUUACGUCUUUGGAGAGCUGCUGGAGUUAACAAACGUGCAAGAGCUUGCUGAAGGAGCGAAUGCUGCUUAUUUUCAGUUGCUGAAUCUCUUUGCCUAUGGAACAUACCCAGAUUAUAUAGCAAACAAGAACAACCUGCCGGAGCUAACGGGACCUCAGAAGAACAAGUUGAAGCAUCUAACAAUCGUCAGCUUAGCUUCCAGAAUGAAGUGCAUUCCUUAUUCCGUGUUACUGAAAGACCUGGAGAUGCGGAACCUGCGGGAGCUGGAGGACCUGAUCAUCGAAGCCAUUUACACGGACAUCAUCCAGGGGAAGCUGGACCAGCGGAACCAGGUGCUGGAGGUGGAUUUCUGCAUCGGCAGGGACAUCCGACGGAAGGACAUCAGCAACAUCAUCAAAACGCUUCAGGAGUGGUGCGACGGGUGCGAAUCAGUCCUGUUAGGAAUCGAGCAGCAGGUGCUCAGAGCCAACCAGUACAAAGAGAACCACAACCGAACCCAGCAGCAGGUGGAGACAGAGGUCACCAACAUCAAGAAGACGCUGAAAGCCACGGCGGCCUCCUCGGCCCAGGAGAUGGAGCAGCAGCUGGCGGACCGGGAGUGCCCCCCCCACACGGAGCAGCGGCAGCCCGCCAAGAAGCUCUCCAAGGUCAAAGGGCUGGUUUCCAGUCGCCACUAGCGCCCAGGCCGGGGGGGGGGCACCAGCCGGGCUCUUGGGGCAGCCCUGGACGGAGCCCCCGGCGUCUCCUGUCAGGUGCCGGCUCGGCCACGGUUCCACCGGCUGGAGGACGCCGGCUCGGUCCGGGCUUCAACCAGCAUGGGACACUGCCAGCCUCCUACCGCCCCGGAGCUCUUAUGGGGAGGAACUAGAGGGCGCCGAGGAGGCCCAGGGGGUGGGAAUCGAGCACAGCUGGCCCAAGGCUCCUGCGGCGGGCUCGGGCGUCCUCUUCUGGGCCUCCGCUGCACUCGUCUCCACCCUUGGCACCGGGGCUCAGCCAAGGGCGGGAGUCUCUGAAGUUCACCCCUGACCCUUCCACGUACCAAAGGGAACACGACGCUUCUGGCUGAGGGACCUGCCUCAUCUCGCAUUCCCCCUGUUCCGUCCGAGUCCUCUUAGGGUGCAACUCUCUACCUCAAGCUAGGAAAGCUGGAGCUCGGUCUGGGCUGCGUUAGCCGCUCUCGCAACCCCGCCGGCUUUUCCGGUUGCGUCCUGCCGCGUGGAGGCGAAGGGGGCGGGGGGAGCCCGAAGGCCCAGCUGCUAUUUCCGCCCCACCGUCCCGACGGGCGGCGCAGCAGAGCUCGUACGUGUUUGUUCCCUGCGUCCCUCCCUUUCGAGAUGUCACGCAUCGAUUCCUUCCCUGACGGGAGCGAGCGGUUUGAAAGGGAUUCCUUUCCCGCCCCCCCCCCCCCGGCCCGAUAGCUCGGAGCCUCCGACCCGGACAGUAGAGGCGCCCCCUUGUCCCAGCAGAAGCCUCUGCCGGGAUUUCAGAACUUGAAAACUCCUUUCCAGUUGUGUUUUGAACGUUCUUCCUUUGUUUUGUUUUGUAAAAACGGAAAUUAUUUUGUACCUUUCGUUGGGAGAUUUCAGCAUUUCAGCCUUUUGUGUCUUCUGAUAUUUGUUACAGACGAAUGUGAGGCGACCCUGCACCUGGGUCAGAAGGAUUGUGUUUUUUCUAUUAAAAAAAUGAGAGGGAAAAAA